GAUCUGGACUGUUCUCAGGCAAGCCGGGGAGUAACUUUUAGUUUUGUUCCUGCGAUUAUUCAACUGACGGGCUUUCAUUUCCAUUUCACACAUCCUAGCAACACUUAAACCUUGCGGAAUUGUAUUGAUAGCGUGAAAAAGCACACUGAGAGAAGGGCACCAUGCCGGUGGAGAGGAUGCGCAUGCGCCCAUGGCUGGAAGAACAGAUCAACUCAAACACAAUACCAGGGCUGAAGUGGCUUAACAAGGAAAAGAAGAUUUUUCAGAUCCCCUGGAUGCAUGCAGCUAGACAUGGGUGGGAUGUGGAAAAAGAUGCACCGCUCUUUAGAAACUGGGCCAUCCAUACAGGAAAGCAUCAACCAGGAGUAGAUAAACCUGAUCCAAAAACAUGGAAGGCGAAUUUUCGAUGCGCCAUGAACUCUCUGCCUGACAUUGAAGAAGUCAAAGAUAAAAGCAUAAAGAAAGGAAACAACGCCUUCCGAGUCUACCGAAUGUUGCCUUUAUCUGAACGACCUUCUAAGAAAGGAAAGAAACCAAAGACAGAAAAAGAAGACAGAGUGAAGCAUAUCAAGCAAGAACCAGUUGAGUCAUCUUUGGGGCUUAGUAAUGGAGUAAGUGAUCUUUCUCCUGAGUGUGCGGCCCUGACUUCAGCUAUAAAAAAUGAAGUGGAUAGUACGGUGAACAUCAUAGUCGUAGGACAGUCACAUCUGGACAGCAACAUUGAGGAUCAAGAGAUUGUCACUAAUCCACCAGACAUCUGCCAAGUUGUGGAAGUCACCACUGAGAGUGAUGAACAGGCGGUCAGCAUGAGCGAUUUGAGUGGCAGGAAUGAUGGGCCUGUGUUUUUCUCUCUGUGAACAGAAAGUGAAACUACCGAUAGUGUGCCCAGUGAUGAAGAGAGCUCGGAGGGCCGACCACACUGGCGGAAGAGGAACAUUGAAGGCAAACAGUACCUUAGCAACAUGGGGACACGAAGCACGUACCUGCUACCCAGCAUGGCGACCUUCGUCACUUCCAACAAGCCCGACCUCCAGGUCACCAUCAAAGAGGAGAGCUGUCCCGUGCCUUACAACAGCUCCUGGCCCCCGUUCCCAGACCUCCCCCUCGCCCCCUCCGUGACCCCAGCGCCCAGCAGCAGCCGGCCAGACCGGGAGACCCGGGCCAGCGUCAUCAAGAAGACCUCCGACAUCACCCAGGCCCGCGUCAAGAGCUGUUAA